UGUGAGGUUAUAUUUUUUCACAUCCGCUUCAUGCAACGUCAAAACAAACGAGUACAUACAUUGUCGGAUAAGCAAGGUUUUUAAGUAAAAAUGUCCGAAGAGCAACAGUCCCCUGAAGAAUUAAAAGAAAAGGGAAACAAUGCUGUGAAAAACCAGAAGUUUGAAGAAGCUAUCUUGUACUAUACUUAUGCUGUAAAGUUAGACCCAGGCAAUUACACACUAUACAGUAACAGAUCUUAUGCUUUCCUCAAAGUUCAACAGUAUUAUUUUGCUCUGGAAGAUGCUAAUGAGACAAUAAAGUUGAAUCCUACAUGGCCUAAGGGUUACUUCAGAAAAGCAGAGGUAGAAUAUGCAACAGGCCAUUACUUGGAAGCAUGUGAUUCAUAUAAAAAGGCUUUACAUCUGAAGCCAGGAGAUAUCAACAUUAUUGAGGCAUUGAACAGGACAGCUAAAGAAAUGCUCAAAGAACAGAAAGCUGAUGAAACAGUACCAUGGUUAGGUGCUGGUAUAGGAAUAAUAGUAGGAGCAGUAAUAGUUGUUGCAGACUGUGUUUUCACUUAUAAGCCAACACAUCCUAUGUUAAUGGCAUUUGUUACGAUAGUGAUAGCCAUGGUAGGGUAUGGUUUAGCUAGAUUAUAUAGGAAUUGGGUGAAGAGUCAGAAAAAUGGACUCCUGGACCCACCAGUUGACUUAUUAAAAGAAAGUGAACCAGAAGAAACGCAAAAGGAAGUAAAACACACCCCUAGGUAUACUAAAUCACAGGCGAGGCAACGAUACAAGAAAGGAAAAUUAUAAAUGUGUACAAGCUUUACGUGUAAUUUUAUGUUCCUUUUCAUUCCCUAUGUACAAAACACUUAUCUAUUUGUAAGAGAAAUAAUUACGACUGUAAAUAAACAUUUUACUAAACUAAA